AUGGACCCGACUCUGGCUGCAGCUCCAAUGGAGCCAUUCUACCCCGACCCGGACGACCUGCUUAACUCCGUCUGUGACCUCUGCCAGUGCACGUUCGAGUACUGCGCAUGUGCUUUGGCCAACCCACCCCAACGAGCGCCGACCUUCACCGCUGAGAUGUUCUACUACCACCCAGAGUGGCCGGCGGACCUGCCCGUGUUCGACGAGCCAGAACGAGCGCCAGAACCGCCUGCGUACCCGCCGGAAGCCGGCAGGCAGCCACUCGUCGACGAGAACGUGCGACAACUAGACAACAACGAAACCCGAAUCCGGCUCAGCACUGUUCAAAUGCACGUCGAAGAUAUCUACACUCCUGGGGAUCGACGAUUGGAGGCAGCGUCGCGGGCGGCACGGCGGCCUCCACACAAACGGCAGGCCCCGCGCGUGGGUGGCUUUCCAUGCACCAUCGAGGGCUGUGGGGCGAAGCCCUUCGAUCGCUCUUGCGACCUAAAACGUCACCAGAAGACCCACCUCCGGCGCUCUGAGCGGCCUCACAAGUGCUCCGUCUGUAGCGAGGGCUUCCUCUACCCAAAGGACCGUGAGCGCCACGAGCGAACCCACAACCAAAACUCUUCGCCCCAAGCCGUGCUCUACUGUCCCGUGCCCGGCUGCGCUAACGUCGAUGGCUUCUCUCGUCGCGACAACCUGCUUCGACACCAGCGAAGGCAGCACCCACACCUCAUCCUCAGCUCCUAG